GAUAAACGCUGGAUAGGCAUAUUUACAUGCCUUACAAUAAGAGCAAUUCAUUUGGAAAUUGCCAGGGACCUGACAACAGAUACGUGUCUUCGAGUAUUGCAUAACUUCAUGGCGCGGCGCGGAAGACCAGUAAGAAUCCGAUCUGACAAUGGUACCAAUUUGGUGGGAGCUGAGCGUGAAUUGAAAAGAGAAUUACAGGACCUCGAUCACAUUAGAAUAGCGAACGAGUUGUCAACCAAGCAGAUCGAAUGGCUGUUUAAUUGCCCGCUAAACCCCCAUGCAGGUGGGUGCUGGGAAAGAUUGGUACGCAGUGUAAAGAGGGCCAUAGGACACGCGCUGCAUGACAAAAACCUGAAAGAAGACAUACUGUAUAGCCUAAUGUGUAACGCUGAAAACAUAGUAAAUUCCAGACCGCUUACACACAUUACUCUGGAUAACCCCACAGACGAUCCGAUAACCCCUAAUCACUUUCUUUUAGGUUCUCCCAAUUCUAGCCAGACACCACAUCCACAAGAGGAGAAGUACCAGCCAACUCGAAAGGAAUGGCGCAUCGCUCAGCAGAUCUCACACUCAUUUUGGAACAAGUGGCUCAAUGAGUACCUACCAGACUUGUGCAGACGUACAAAGUGGCAUCACCCAGUGCCACCACUCGCUGAAAUGGACAUUGUUCUUAUCUGUGAUAAGAACCUUCAUCGAUCUCAAUGGAAAAAGGGAGUUAUUCUAGCAGUCACGCCUGGACGCGACGGACAGGUUCGCUCAGCCACUGUAAAGACGACGGCUGGAGUUCUACACCGCCCAACCUGUAUGCUGGAAAAGCUAGACAUAUUGUGAAUCACGAGCGUGCUUGAUUCACGGUGGUGGGGAUGUUGUCGAGAAAAAUUAGCUUAUAUAUACUUAGUUUUAAGCAAGGGCACAGAUACCCUACGUAAAGAAAAAAGAGAGAAGAAAAAUGGCCACACUAUGAAAAGACAAGAAGGUCACAUUAGUUUGAGCAGUCGAAGAAAGAGCGGGGAGAAAAGACGAAGCGUGCGUAGAUAUAUUACCUACAUAUAAGAAUAAAAUGUAUUAACCUCCUUUUGCAAAUAGGAAAUAAAACGCAA